UAACCCACAACCUCGUAUCCGCACAUCACCCCCUCCCAUAAGAAAGCCUCCCUCGAUCUCUCACUUCCUUGUCAUACCCUCCUCCUCUCCCCCUCUCUUUUCAAUCUCUCCGUUUCGUUGUCCCCAGCGCCGGAGCAUCGGGACGACAGGAAGAGAAGAGCAAGAGAAGGUCGGGCUCCUAUGGCUACGGGGCAGAAGUUGCAGGUUCUGAACGCUCUUGACACCGCGAAGACGCAAUGGUACCACUUCACCGCGAUCAUCAUCGCCGGCAUGGGCUUCUUCACGGACGCGUACGACCUGUUCUGCAUCUCCCUUGUCACGAAGCUGCUCGGCCGCAUUUACUACCACGUGGAGGGUGCCGCCAAGCCCGGGAGCCUGCCCCCGAACGUCUCUGCAGCUGUUAAUGGCGUGGCCUUCUGCGGGACCCUCUCUGGUCAGCUCUUCUUUGGGUGGCUCGGGGACAAGCUCGGGAGGAAGAAGGUCUACGGCAUGACUCUCAUGCUCAUGGUCAUUUGCUCCAUUGCUUCGGGACUGUCCUUUGGCCAUGAUGCGAAGUCGGUGAUGGCCACCCUUUGCUUCUUCAGGUUCUGGUUGGGGUUCGGGAUUGGGGGUGACUACCCGCUCUCUGCCACGAUCAUGUCCGAGUACGCCAACAAGAAGACGAGGGGCGCGUUCAUUGCGGCGGUGUUCGCGAUGCAGGGAUUCGGGAUCCUGGCUGGUGGAAUAUUCGCUAUCAUCGUGGCUUCUGCUUUUAGGGCGAAGUACGACGCUCCGUCUUAUGAGGUGGACCCUGUUGCGUCGACAGUCCCACAGGCCGACUACGUGUGGCGGAUUAUUUUGAUGGUCGGAGCUCUCCCGGCUGCACUCACGUACUACUGGCGGAUGAAAAUGCCCGAAACUGCCCGGUACACCGCCCUUGUGGCAAAGAACGCGAAGCAGGCAGCCUCAGACAUGUCCAAGGUGUUGCAGGUGGAGAUCGAACCUGAGCAACAGAAGAUCGAGCAAAUGGCUGCCGCAGAGAAGAGCGGACGUGGAUCAUUCGGGCUGCUCUCUAAGGAGUUUCUCCGCCGCCACGGGCUCCACCUGUUGGGAACCACGAGCACAUGGUUCCUGCUGGACAUUGCCUUUUACAGCCAGAACCUCUUCCAGAAGGAUAUCUUCAGCGCAGUUGGGUGGAUCCCCCCGGCAAAGACGAUGAGCGCCCUCGAGGAGGUGUUCAGAAUUGCACGGGCCCAAACCCUCAUCGCGCUCUUCAGUACUGUCCCCGGUUACUGGUUCACCGUGGCACUUAUCGACCGGAUCGGGAGGUUCGUCAUCCAGAUGAUGGGCUUUUUCUUCAUGACAGUGUUUAUGUUCGCGCUUGCAAUACCCUAUGACCACUGGAGCCACAAGGAGAACCGGAUCGGGUUCGUGGUGAUGUACUCCCUGACCUUCUUCUUUGCAAACUUCGGACCCAAUGCCACGACAUUCGUGGUCCCUGCAGAAAUCUUCCCAGCGAGGCUGAGGUCCACCUGCCACGGGAUCUCAGCGGCUUCUGGGAAGCUCGGGGCCAUUGUAGGGGCUUUCGGGUUUCUGUAUCUAGCCCAGAACAAGGACAAGGCCAAGGCAGACGCGGGGUACCCUGCAGGGAUUGGGGUGAAGAACUCACUCAUCGUUCUCGGCGUGGUCAACUUGCUAGGAAUGUUGUGUACCCUUCUAGUGCCAGAGUCGAAGGGCAAGUCCCUGGAGGAGAUGUCAGGAGAGAACGACGAGGAGAGCGGCGGGGCCGGGGAGGAGGCAGAGUACAACAAUAGCAGGACGGUUCCAGUGAGUUAAGAGGAAGAGUCCUCUCCGCAUCCAUCGUCUCGCUUAGUAAUAAUUCUUCAUCUGCUCAGACAUCGGCUGCGGGAAUGACCAACUGAUGUUUCGCGGUCUCAUUCCAGUUGAUUAAUGCUGAGCUUUUGUUUUUUCGUUCUGAUCCUUUUGUUUGUGUAGUAGUGCCUUGAGUUUUUAUCUGAGUUAUCUGCAGCUCAAGAAAUGAAGCAGGUUUUCAUUUUUGAUUUCGUUUCA